CUCUCUCCCCAUAUCGAACCUGCUUCUAUUCUAUUUCAAAACUUAAUGGGAUCAGAAAUUCUCUAUGAUUUGUCCCCAAUGGUAAGGAUUUACAAGAAUGGCCGAGUGGAGAGACUCGUGGGCACCGAAACCGUCGAUCCGUCGUUCGAUGAGAAAACUGGCGUUGAAUCUAAGGAUGUCACCAUUGAAUGGGGCCCCACACCAUGGUACCAUGGACUCCUGGGCACCAAAACCGUCGAUUCAUCGUUCGAGAAGAAAACCGGCGUUGAAUCUAAGGAUGCCAUCAGUGCACCGGCACCCAAACCAUGGUACCCCGUCGUCUCCGGGAGACUUUACAUCCCAAGAGAUGCAAUCGGUUCUCUCCAAAAGCUGCCUGUACUUGUGUACUAUCACGGAGGAGGCUUCAUAGUCGAGACCGCAUGGUCACCGACUUAUCACAACUAUCUCAAUGCCCUAGUCGCCGAGGCUAACGUCGUUGCCAUCUCCGUUGACUAUAGAAGGGCGCCCGAGCAUCCUCUUCCAGUAGCUUAUGAAGAUUCGUUGUUCGCCCUCGAGUGGGUGGCCUCUCAUUCUGCUGGAAACGGACCUGAGGAGUGGCUGAAUUCUUGUGCCAAUCUCAAGAAGGUGUUUCUAGCCGGAGAAAGCGCCGGCGCUAACAUAAUCAACUACAUUGGCACCCGAUUGGAUAUAAAAAGGCUUAAUGGAAUCGAAGUUCCGGGUGUCAUGAUGGUGCACCCUUAUUUCUGGGGAAACCACCCGUUGCCUUCGGAGACCUGUGAUCCCAAGACGAGGUCCUUCUACGAGAUGUUCUGGCACGCGGCGAAUCCCAAGACAACCGGGUGCGACGACCCGCUGAUAAACCCAGGGAAGGACCCAAGGAUCUCGAACCUGUAUUGGAAGAAGGUCCUGGUAUGUGUUGCUGGAAAGGAUGUGUUGAGAUAUAGAGGGUUGUUUUACAAGACGAUAUUGAGGGCGCUUGGAUGGUAUGGAGUGUUGGAAGAGAUGGAAUCGCCAGGGGAGGAUCAUGUGUUCCAUUUGUUGAAUCCUACUGGCGAGAAUGCUGUGAAGUUGAUGAAGAGAUUGGUCUCCUUCAUGAACGAGGAUGAGGAUAAAUAGGGUUGGACGUAUUGUUGUUGGUAACUUCUUUUGUGUGUGUGUGUGUGGGUUAAUGCUUGUGAUCUC